UUUGGACUGAAUUUAUUUUAAUUAGUAUGAUUAUAUAAUUGUUCAUCCUAAUUAGCAUUCUUUUGUAGUUGUAUUUUAAGCUAUUUAAGACACUCGUUGUCGUGUUUUAUAAAACACUCCUACUUUGUUUUAGAUAAUACAUAUUAUUUUUAUGCAAAUUUAAUUUGGACUGUCCAUCAUCAGAUUUGUAGAGUGUUUGAGAUUUUUCAGAAGAGAUCCUCUUGCAAAAUUUGGCAAAACAAAAGGCAAAAUAAACUCUCCCUUUCUUGUGUAUAGACUUAAAGAUGACGAUGACGGUGCGGCAGAAGUAGGCGUGGUUCAAACGACGAAAGAAUCAACGGAAUACCAACAUUCUGACAACCCAAUGAUUAGUUUUGUUGAUUUACCUGGCAUCGGCACACCAAACUUUCCUGAUCUUGAAACCUACUGUGAAAAAGUUGCCUUUGAAGAUUACGAUACCUUCCUCAUUUUCGCUGCAACGCGUUUUACACAAAAUGACUUAGAACUGGCAAAGAAAGUGAAAUCCAUUGGAAAGUCAUUUUUUCUUGUUCGUACGCACAUCGACGAAGACUGCAAUGGAAGAUCAGUUAAUGAGCCAGAAAUUUUGAAAGAGAUUAGAGACAAUUGCAUGGAUAACGUAAAAGACUUCAUAUCCAGUGAGAAGGAAAUCUUCCUAAUCAGCAACUACCAUAAAGACAAAUGGGACUUCGACCGUCUGAUUGCAGCCAUCAGCGAUGCCUUGCCCGUUCGUCAAAGAGAGUGUUUAACACUUUCUUUAUCAAAUGUAACACGUGAAUGCCUGAAGAGAAAAACAAAGUUUCUCAGAGGUAAUUAGAACAAAUUAAGGUUCAAGUGUGAUUUUAAAUUGCCUGUUUUGUUUUGUUUUGUUUUGUUUUGUUUUGUUUUGUUUUGUUUUGUUCUUCAUAUAGUUUGCAGUGACGCAUCGUCAAAGAAAACUUUCUUCAAGUUCACUCUGUUUCGGUUCCCGUUGCGGAUUCCAUGACACUUAUGCGAAAACAGUUAGUCAACGCUCUAACAAAAAUCAUGGGUAAAAUCCGCGUACUCAGGUUUCUCCACACAGGGAAAUGUGACAGGCUUGGUUGAAAUAAGUCCUAUUGUGGUUUCAUACUGACACUUCCACCGUAAAUGUGCUCCUUGAUCAGAAAUAAGUCGUAAGAUGGCCGCAAGAAGCGCACUUAGAAAGCCUUCGAUUCGAUCAUGUUGAACUGGGUCUUUUUUAAUUUGGCUUUAGCUCUCAGCUGCAAAAAACCAUGCACACUGCCAGUUCGUUUCCACACCACACGCCCGCUAGCGCGACAUGAAGCCAUCGAAGCUGAAAGCCCUUUAAUUAUCCUUGAAGAAUUCCAAGCUCAAAACCCUUUACCCGUGAAAAAUUUGAAGCUCAAAACCCUUUAUCCCUGAAGAAUUCCAGGGAUAUUCGAUAGAAGGGGUAUAGAUAUUAAUUAAACGGAAUAGCCCAAUGCACUAAAGUAAGUAGGUUAACUAUAUAGUCGCAGAUCCACAGGCUCAUCAAGAUGUUCUAGAUAUUUUAUAUUAUAAAAAUUUUCUAUUAGUACGUAUUUGUAUGUAUCUACAUUAUAAUGUAGAACAUUCUAAAUUGUAAAACAGUAAAAAUACAACAGUCAUCUUCUAAACAUCUGAGGCUUUGCCAGUGAGUCAAUAGCCAAUAUCACUCAUUUCUAUCCUUCUUGCGAAGUGUCGACACCAUUUCUUGACCGUAUAAAAUCCAUAAAAAUGCUUACUUUACAGUAUAUGACAUCAUGUAUCUAUUUACCCACUUAGCACAAUCAUAGUUAAUAGAAGAGAUGGUUUGGAAACUUAUUAGAAUGACAAUAUAACUCAUUAUCUAUGUUAGUCAACGUUGGGAGCGGCUAAACGGAGAGUUAUGAAGUGGAGAGUUAUCUCGGAGAGUUAUGAUUUCGGAGAGUUAUGUUAGAACCACGCCCACUUUCCCCAACGACCACACCCAAUUUCUUAACUCUCCCGAUGUUUCCUUGAACUAACAUGAGAGAGUUAUGUUUGACGUAACUCUCUCUCGUUAACAUUAUGAAGAUGUUAGAGAGUUAUCAUUUUUUAUAACUCACUGCGUUCACGAUUAUGGCAAUGAAGAGAGUUAUGUCAGUUUUUUGAAAAAAACUUCCACAUUUUAGUAAAUUAUUGUGAAUUUACUUUUUUCUCAAGUUUCAGCUGUAAUAUUUCACGCUAGUAGAAACUAGUACUUUAGUACUUACCAAGUGAAGCGAGUACGAGUAAAUAAAUUAUUAUACAUGCUCACUUGGAUUACCUACAAAGCCCAGCAUUCAGAUACAGCUCUCGUAUUAGAUAGAACCAGAAAACCUUUCCAAAUUUGUCAAUUUCCUUGCAACUAUGCUUACCGUAUUGAUUGCCAAAUAUACGUCAAAACAUGCUUCUGGGGGUAAUUUGACCCAUCUGCGGCAAGCAUCUCAUUGUUUUGACCGAGUCAGGUUGUACUAUUUCCUGUUUGGACGCACGCUAUUGACACGCUACAAACUGAAAUACCGAAAUAUAAGAUCUUUACUAUUUAAAGGUUUCUCAAAAAACUGACAUAACUCUCUUCAUUGCCACAAUCGUGAACGCGGAGAGUUAUAAAAAAUGAUAACUCUCUAACAUCUUCAUAAAGUUAACGAGAGAGAGUUACAUCAAACAUAACUCUCUCAUAUUACUUCAAGGAAACGUCGGGAGAGUUAAGAAAUUGGGUGUGGUCAUUGGGGGAAGUGGGCGUGGUUUGGGCGUGGUUCGAACAUAACUCUCCGAAAUCAUAACUCUUCGAGAUAACUCUCCGGUUGGUAACUCUCCCUUUAGUCAUACCCGUCAACGUUUAUUCAUAAAUCUUGUCCUUCACCGUCACGUGCGUAUUGUAUUUUUGCCCAACUAACCAAUAGCAAUGUUUUAGGAAAGUUACCUAUCCAUGACACGAACAAUAGGGUAAAUUGGAAAUUGCUAUUGGUGGAUUUGGCAAAAAUACAAUACACACGUGACGGUGAAGGACCAGCUUUAUGAAUAAACGUUGACUAACAUAGAUAAUGAGUUAUAUUGCUAUUCUAAUGAGUUUCCAAAUCUCUUCCAUUAACUAUGGCACAAUUCAGUGUUGCGGAUUGGGCAAGAGCAUGCGCACAACUAACCGGUUGUUCAACAUUAGACUUCCGGCAUUCCGUUUGUCCAGAGUCAGGCCCAGCACCUAACCUGCGAACGGGAAUACACUGGGGUACAAGAUUGGUAGAACAUUUGAAAUUGACGCGCUGCUAUUGAGCAUUGCAUGUUUAGUGGAACAAAACAUAUUGCAAGGCUGUGUUUUGUUAUCUGGGAUAAUAGAAUCUUGGGAGAGUUUUCUUAAAAAUUUUGUUACUGCUUACAUAGAGAAUUGCUUAGUGUUUUAUUUUUCAAAUAUUUAUAUAGUUCAAGCUGUUGUAGUGGCAUCGCUUUCAGCGGGGGCUAUUGGAAUUCCAAUUCCCUUAUUGGGAUGUGCUAUUGACGCUGUAGUUAUAAGAGGGAGAGUGAAAGCUUAUUUCAAGCAAUUAGGCCUUGACAACACAACGUCUGAAGAACGUGCCUCGUUGGAUAAACAAUCCAGGGAGGUUAUAGAAAGAUAUCAGUCUGGAUCAGUCAAGCAGUGGACUUCAGCAAUUGCGACCGAUGUAUUGAUGGUUGGAGUUGAAGAAUUUUCCAAGUAUAUUCCAUUCAUAGGAAUAGUCAUCGCAAGUAGCAUCGGGUUUGCUUUGGUAUUGCAUUUCCUUUUAAAGUGUAUAAACGAGCUGGAAGAAGCUGCCAUAGCUGUCUGGGAUAACGCCGUGAAACGAUCAAUUCAGAAUGAUUCGGACACAAGCACAAAGAAUUAAUCGACACAGUGACUAAUGCAUGAAAUAUAUUUCGAAAUAUUUUAUUAUUGGAACGAUUAACUUGCCCACCAUAUAGUGGCAGCCAGUAUUACAAUAAUAUCAAGCCCUACAAAUAUUGCAGCUCAAAAUAGAUGAGUGAAUGAAUGAGUGAAAAUUCAAUGUAAUUUUGAGCAGCCUGUAUGCACGUUCGUUCUAGUUUUAGAUUUCAAAUAAGUUGUUUAAGGUAAUUCCGCAGUAAUUGUUCCAGAAAUGAGAAUGUGUUGAAACUUCCCAGGCAUGGAGUUUAUGAUAUACUUAAAGUAAAAUCACACAAAAAAGUCGGGGUCACCGAACUCGUUAAGAAGAUAUGACAAUUACAAUAUACCACCUUUACCCCCAAUAUGGCGCCAUCUUGACGCUCAUUACGAGUAACAGCAAAAUUACAACAGCCCGAUAUUUAUUGACGUUUUUAGCGUGGAUAUUGCUUUAGUAAACCUAUAUUGUAAUUAUUUUUGAAAAAAUAUUGUGUUUUGAGCAAAAUGAGACUACUAUCGUGUACAAUUCUAAUCCACAGAUGUCUUUUCCACAUUUCUUUACAUAUCUUUCUUUGAGAACAUGCAUUGAUAAAGGAUUUUUUUUCAAGAUCCAGAAAUGAUUUUUCUUUUAAUUUCGGAUAUAAAAUGUAAA